UGGAAUUCUGGUCCAGCCGGUCUUUGCUAUAAUAGACUCCUGGGUCUGUUAGCACUCCAUUGGGUAUUGCACGACAGGAAGAGGCAGUACAACCAGAACAGAGAAGGAAAUAAAUGUGAAAGCCUCGGCAGCCACCUGCGUCUCUCAUUACUAGAAGCUAACUUCUGCAAGUUUUACUACCACAGUGGGCCCCUAUCACCUUUGCUUCAAAUUCAGCUAUCCCACUUAGCUGUAAAAAUAUAUUAAUCAGAACUGCAUCUUCUGGAACAAGACUCUGAAUAGAGACCAGCAUGCUUCACUUCAUCCGGAAAUUUUCUGGAGCCUCUUCAAAGAUGCUGAAGUACCCUUUUACAGUGAAACUCAGAACCAGCAGAAUAGAUAUACUUUCUCCUAAGACAUCUCCUCAGCAAAACAAACUUUUCCCUUUGCCUCCAAGGACUUGGCUUCCCACAUCAUUUCAAGUGUGUAGGAAGAAGAUACAAUGCUAUCAUGCAUCACCAUGCAACUUUAAAAGACAGCAGAAGGAAGCAGUCCUUCCCUCCAGGACACCAAGCACCAUCACUUACCUACCUGAUAGCCCAAAGCCAGCAUUAUAUAUAAGUCUUGUGGGGCUAAUCCCCUUUAUUGCUCCACCCCUCACCAUGGUCAUAACAAAGUCUUAUAUCCCCAUACUAGCUCUUACUCAGAUGGCUUAUGGAGCCAGUUUCCUAGCUUUCUUGGGAGGGGUCAGAUGGGGCUUUGCUCUGCCAGAAAGUAGUCCAGCCAAACCAGACUACAUCAAUUUAGCUAGUAGUAUGAGUCCUGUUGUAUUUUCAUGGCUAGCCAUCCUCUUUUCUGAAAGACUCAGUGAAGCCACAGUCAUGGUAAUAAUAGGUUUAGGGGUAGCAUUACACAAUGAACUUUUCCUUUUGCCACAUUAUCCCAACUGGUUCAAAGCCUUGAGGAUAGUAAGUACUGUAGUGGCUUUUUUCUCAUUUGUUGUCACUUUAAUACUUAAGAGCAUUUAUCCAGAAAAAGGGACCAAGAAACCUGGUCAAGUAGAAAUAUGAAACUACUUUGCUAUGGAAUAGCCCUUAUGUACACUGUGAAGAUGUGUUGCUCUCAUUGUUAAUAAAGAGCUGAUUAGC